AUGGCGGGUUUACUCCAAGGCGAUCGAGGAAAAAUGAUGAUGAAGAUCUAUCACGGAUCUUCUUUCGCGUUAGCCGGUUUAGUCCCAGCCGCGAUGGUCAUUCGAGACGGAAAUUUACCCGUCGAUUUAGCCUUGGGAGUUGCCUUACCGGUGCACUCGCACAUCGGGUUAAACUUUGUGAUUAGCGAUUACGUGCCAAAAUCUGCGCGAUUACCCGCUCGUGCAUCGGUGUUAGGCGUUACGGUGGCGACUUUAUACGGGUUGUUCCAGUUGAACAUGUACGGAGAAGGGGUUUCGAAAACAGCUAAAAGGCUCUGGAGAUCGUAA